GCGUUUAGGUCAGGAACCGUUACUGUGCAGGUUUAAAUGGAUUAUACGCCAAAUUAAAGGUGCAAUGGUUAAAAGCUGAAUUAGAUAUAAAGGAAGAUAACAAGUGGUGACUGGAUUUAUGCUGCAUGGUGUUGGAGGAGACGUUGAACACUGGUUGUGUCGUUGGAACGGUGGAAUGCAACUAGGCUCCAUUUCAAUAUCGAGGAAAACGUUCAACACCUCUUCAUCUAAAACGCACUCGUUGACUGAGCCCCAUAUAACACAGUUCAAUUUCAUUAAUAUUUACCAGAUCAGAAGUCGCCACUUGCUCCGUCAUGUUAUCGAUCUGAUUCAUACCGGGAACUCGUGUAAUUUGUCUACUUCUACCAAUAUGCCAAGGAGUGGUCCCAAAUUCUUUCUCUGUUUCAACUGUCCAUGGAGAGUAAAACCAAAACACAGAUCCAGGAUUUCAAAGAAAUAUAGGACAGUGAUCACCACUCUGAUAGGGAGGGCACCAUCUGAUCAUGAUUUUCUGUGCAAUAGAUGCCAGAGUGUGUGUGUUGCUCCCAUAUUAAAUAGAAGAAUAUCAAGUCGGUUAGGCCACAGAUUCAAGACAGUCCAGCACCACCACCACCCCCAGCAGUUCUUCCAAUUAGUCCCCCUUCUGUAUCACUCUCAUUCCCAUGUACAUCAAGAGGGCACACUUCAUGCUGUAUCUGUGAGUGACCAGGUCCAAAGUUAGUUGUAGUCCCAGUAGGAGUAAGGCAUGAAAUCUUCAUUUCAAAAGAGGCCAUCAUUCCUGCCGGGGCUCGCUUCUGUACAAAUCACCUACAACAAGACAUAGAAGAACUUGAACCUAUUGCUGACAACACCAUGUUCAACAAAAUAGGAGUGACACAAUUAAUCAAUCAAGUUUUUGAGAGCUGAAGUUUUGAGAAAAGAGAAAAUAAGGUUGGAUUUUGACAACAGUGAAAGUCUAACAGCGAGCAUCAGAAUCUCCUGGGAACCCCUAAAGCUGCUUUUGAGGACUUGCUGACAUAUGUAAACCUGUAGAAUAUGGAAACUUGUGCUAGAUAAAAGCUUUAUAACCUUUCUACCAGUGAUGUAUUUGUUGACAAUAAAAAGGGUAUUUGA